AUGAACUACACAUUGACAGUUGGAGUUGGUUGUGCGAUUGAGAGGGACAAACAACACUUUGACUCUUCAUUUUGGGCAUCUAACAUGGAGAAGACUACGGCAGACACAAUCUUCUUGUCACCGCCUUGGGGUGGACCUGAUUAUGUCAAACGAAAGACAUAUGACAUCAAGACCAUGCUUAAGCCACAUAACGGACAAUUUCUUUUCAAUGUUGCAAAGGGAAGCACUUCCAGAAUUGUCAUGUUCCUCCCAAGGAAUGUUGAUAUCAACCAUUUGGCAGAGUUAUCUUUAUCUGUCAGUCCGCCAUGGUCACUUGAGGUCAUAGUUCUGGAUCUACCCGUUUAUCUGGCUUCCCUAUUUUUAUUCUCUGCUAAGCAUAUCAAUUCAAGGUGGAGAAGAACUACCUCAAUGGCAAGUUGA